CUCCUCCCGCGCCCGCUCUGCUCUAGGAUGCUGCGGCAGGUUCUGCACAGGGGCUUGAGGACGUGUUUCUCCCGGCUCGGCCACUUCAUUGCCAGUCACCCGGUCUUCUUCGCCUCGGCGCCCGUGCUCAUCUCCAUCCUGCUCGGCGCCAGCUUCAGCCGCUACCAGGUCGAGGAGAGCGUGGAGCACCUGCUGGCGCCCCAGCACAGCCUCGCCAAGAUCGAGCGCAACCUCGUCAACAGCCUCUUCCCGGUCAACCGCUCCAAACACCGACUCUACUCGGACCUGCAGACCCCCGGGCGCUACGGCCGGGUCAUCGUCACCUCCUUCCAGAAAGCCAACAUGCUGGACCAGCAUCACACUGACCUGAUCUUAAAGUUGCAUGCUGCUGUGACCAGGAUCCAGGUUCCAAGGCCUGGUUUUAAUUACACGUUCGCCCACAUAUGUAUCCUGAAUAAUGAUAAGACUUGCAUCGUGGAUGACAUAGUGCAUGUUCUGGAGGAGCUAAAGAAUGCUCGGGCCACCAACCGGACCAAUUUUGCUAUCACAUACCCAAUCACUCACUUAAAGGACGGGAGGGCGGUGUACAACGGACACCAGCUUGGAGGCGUCACUGUGCACAGCAAGGACCGGGUCAAGUCCGCAGAGGCCGUCCAGCUCACCUACUACCUGCAGUCAAUCAACAGUCUCAACGACAUGGUGGCUGAGAGGUGGGAGUCCAGCUUCUGCGACACUGUCCGACUGUUCCAGAAAUCCAACAGCAAAGUCAAAAUGUACCCUUACACGUCCUCCUCACUGAGGGAAGAUUUCCAGAAGACCAGCCGCGUAUCAGAACGUUACCUGGUCACCAGCCUGAUCCUGGUGGUCACUAUGGCCAUCCUGUGCUGUUCUAUGCAGGACUGCGUCCGCAGCAAACCCUGGCUAGGCCUGCUCGGGCUGGUGACUAUAACCCUGGCCACUCUCACCGCGGCCGGGAUCAUCAAUCUUACUGGUGGGAAAUACAAUUCCACCUUCCUGGGAGUCCCUUUCGUCAUGCUAGGUCAUGGAUUAUACGGGACUUUUGAAAUGUUAUCCUCCUGGAGGAAAACUAGAGAAGACCAACAUGUUAAAGAGAGAACUGCAGCAGUCUAUGCAGACUCCAUGCUCUCCUUUUCUCUCACCACUGCCAUGUACCUGGUCACCUUUGGCAUAGGGGCCAGCCCUUUCACGAACAUUGAGGCAGCCAGGAUUUUCUGCUGCAAUUCCUGUAUUGCAAUCUUCUUCAACUACCUCUAUGUACUCUCGUUUUAUGGUUCCAGCCUGGUAUUCACUGGCUACAUAGAAAACAAUUACCAGCAUAGUAUCUUCUGUAGAAAAGUCCCAAAGCCCGAGGCAUUGCAGGAGAAGCCGGCAUGGUACAGGUUUCUCCUGACAGCCAGAUUCAGCGAGGACACAACUGACGGCGAGGAAGCGAACACUUACGAGAGUCACCUAUUGGUAUGUUUCCUCAAACGCUAUUACUGUGACUGGAUAACCAACACCUAUGUCAAGCCUUUUGUAGUUCUCUUUUACCUUAUUUAUAUUUCCUUUGCCUUAAUGGGCUAUCUGCAGGUCAGUGAAGGGUCAGACCUUAGUAACAUCGUAGCAACCGCGACGCAAACCAUUGAGUACACUACUGCCCAGCAAAAGUACUUUAGUAACUACAGUCCGGUGAUUGGGUUUUACAUAUAUGAGUCCAUAGAGUACUGGAACACUAGCGUCCAAGAAGAUGUGCUAGAAUACACCAAGGGGUUUGUGCGGAUAUCCUGGUUUGAGAGCUAUUUAAAUUACCUUCGGAAACUCAAUGUGUCCACUGGCUUGCCUAAGAAAAAUUUCACAGACAUGUUGAGAAAUUCCUUCCUGAAAGCUCCCCAAUUUUCACAUUUUCAAGAGGACAUCAUCUUCUCUAAAAAGUACAAUGAUGAGGUUGAUGUAGUGGCCUCCAGAAUGUUUUUGGUGGCCAAGACCAUGGAAACUAACAGAGAAGAACUCUACGAUCUCCUGGAGACCCUCAGGAGACUUUCUGUCACCUCCAAGGUGAAGUUCAUUGUCUUCAACCCGUCCUUCGUGUAUAUGGAUCGAUAUGCCUCCUCUCUGGGAGCCCCCCUGCACAACUCCUGCAUCAGUGCUUUGUUCCUGCUCUUCUUCUCGGCAUUCCUGGUGGCAGAUUCUCUGAUUAACGUCUGGCUCACUCUCACGGUUGUGUCCGUGGAGUUUGGAGUUAUAGGUUUCAUGACUUUAUGGAAAGUAGAACUGGACUGCAUUUCUGUGCUAUGCUUAAUUUAUGGAAUUAACUACACAAUUGACAACUGUGCUCCACUGUUAUCCACAUUCGUUCUGGGCAAGGAUUUCACAAGAACUAAAUGGGUAAAAAACGCCCUGGAAGUGCAUGGGGUAGCUAUUUUACAGAGUUACCUCUGCUAUCUUGUUGGUCUGAUUCCUCUCGCAGCUGUGCCUUCAAAUCUGACCUGUACACUGUUCAGGUGCUUGUUUUUAAUAGCAUUUGUCACCUUCUUUCACUGCUUUGCCAUUUUACCUGUGAUACUGACUUUCCUGCCACCCUCGAAGAAAAAAAGGAAAGAGAAGAAAAACCCUGAAAACCGGGAGGAAAUUGAAUGUGUGGAAAUGGUGGAUAUUGACAGUACCCGAGUGGUUGACCAAAUUACAACAGUGUGAUAGAGUCUCUGCUUGUUAUAUUUUCACCCUAGGUCUUAUCGAGAGCAAAGAGAUUAUGUUACUGAAACAAAUUCAAAGUUGUUCUUUCUUUUUUAAGUAUAAGAAACAGACAUUGCCAAAGUAAAGGACAAGGGGGGAAAUGGGC